AUGCCCAUGAAGCUCUCCCUCCCUCUCCAUCUUCCUGCACUCUCUCGAGUACUGUUCCUACCAGCCCUUCCCUUCCAGGACUCUGUUAUUCGUCGCUCUCUCAAGUACUCAGUGUUUAAACACUCUCAACGUACCCUACCCUCUUUCUCAAUUUCAACUUUUCAAGCAUCCAUCAUGGCCCAGAGCGCGCUCAUUUCUGGAUAUUCUGGAACCGUUCCCACCCUUUCCCGUCGUCGCCAGGCGCUCGCAGCCAGUGAUCGAUUCACCACUGCCACCAACAAGUCCUCCGCGCCCACUCUCUUCAAGGACCUGUGCCUCCGAUGGAAGUUGCCUGGCUCAAACAAGCGUCUUCUCUGCGAGGAUCCCGAGAACUUGCCUGUAAAGCGCCGCAAGAUGGCUCUUACGAGCGCUUCUGCUGUUGACACAGAGCACGUCUCUGCAGAUGAAGCACCCGUCCGAGGUCUUUUCAUUGUCUUCAACUCAUACGAGACGAUGCAGACCACUAUGGCACGCUCAUUUUCUGCUGCUGAAAAGGCGCACAAGAGGCUCUUUCCCAAUGCUGAAGCAGAGAAUGCACACCGGAAGCGCGCCACCAAGCCUGUCAACUCUGCUUCUACCUCUCCUUCGAUCCCUUCGUUAGGCUGGUCAUCUGAUGCCAACACGACUGGUCCUUUGCCACUCAAUUCUGCUCAGCCUCAGCUUGUCGCGUCAAUUUCACCAGUCUCUCAAGACUUGUCCAUCUGUCCGGUUACUUCCUCGUUGGACCAGAUGGAGUAUGACAUUGCUUAUCCGGCUACAAUGCCGACGCCGCUUGAGCAGCUUGCAACAGGUCGGCAGGAGACAGUAGCCCAACAAGCCUUUGGAAGUGUUGGAUUUGAAGCAGUCUUUCCUGCUAGUUUUGAGAUCACCUCCGGUAACGAUGUGGGCAUCUUCCCACUCGAAUGCAACCCAUCGGAUUUUCCAUCUGACUCUUCGGUGCCGGCAAACUUGGACGACAUCGAGUGGUUCUAUUCGCCUCAGCCUACCUAUGAUGCGGCAGCUCUGAGUUUUGCGUUCGCUGACUUUGACGCCAUGGCUUCCGCUGCAAUGUACCCAACUUUAUUCAAGUGGGUCCCUGAUAGUAGUCUUCUAUUGUCCAUCGAUGGUCUGGCCGCGUUUUGUCUCAAGAUCGGGUAUCCGAGAAACUCCAACGAACAAUACAUGACCAGACCAUCACAGAAAAGGGACCAAGACCCUGCACUUAUGACAAACGACGUGACACAUUCUGGCAUUCGAGAACGUCCUGGCAUGGAAGCCCAGUUGACGCAACCAACGCAAAAUUUCCAAGUGCAACGUGUUCCAGAACAUAACCUCCGACGUUCUCUACAACCUGAAUACCUCGCAAAAGUCCUAUCAGAGGUUGUACUGCACAUUAUGAGUAUCCAGUGUUCAGACACUCUCUACUCACCUUCGUUCUCAAUCUCACUUUCUCAAUCGUCCAUCAUGUUCCCAAGCGCACCCAAGUCGCUCAUUGCUGGAACCACUUCCACUCUUUCCCGUCGUCGCCAGGCGCUCGCAGCCAGUGACCGCUUCACCAGCGCCAACAACAAGCCCGUUGCACCCAUUCUUUUCGAGGACCUAUGUUCCCGAUGGAAAUUGCCAGGCUCAAACAAGCAUCUUCUCUGCGAGGACCCCGAGAACUCGCCUGCCAAGCGCCGCAAGACGGCUCCCACGACCGCUUCUACUGUUGGCGAAGAGGACUUUUCCCUCUUUGCAGAUGAAGCCCCGUCCGAGACCACUAAGGCACGCUCUUUCUGUGCCGCUGAAAAGGCGCACAAGAGGCUUUUUCCCAACGCAGAAGCAGAGAACGCGCACCGAAAGCGCGCCCUCAAGCCUGUCGUUAGUGCAUUGCCUUCUUCGCUGAACAACUCUGCUUCGACCUCCCCUUCUCUCCCUUCAUUAGACUGGUCGUCUGACGCCAUCAUGACUAGUCCUAUGCCGAUCAACUCUGCUCAGUCUCAGCACGUCACGUCAAUUUCACCGCUCUCUCACGGUUCCACCAUUUCUCCCGUUACUUCCUCGUUGGACCAGGUCGAAUUUGACUUUGCUUAUCCUACAACGUUGCUCACGCCAUUUGAGCAGAUUGCACCGAGUCGGCAGGAGACAGCAGCUCAGCAAGCGUUUGGAAUCGUUGGAUAUGAAGCAGGUUUUAAUGCCAGCUUUGAGAUCACCACCGGUAACGACGUGGGCAACUUCCCACUCGAAUGCAACCCAUCGGGUUUGCCAUCUGACUCUGCGCUGCCGGCAAACAUGGAUGACAUCGAGUUGUUCUUCUCGUCUCGGCCCACUUACGAUUCGGCAGCCAUGGCAAAUCUUUCGCUCGCUGAACUUGACGCCAUGGCUUCUCUGCGAUGUACUCGGUCAGUCAGAUCUAAACCUGCUCUCCCUGUUGCAGCUCAGCGCACGCCAUAUCGUCAAAUUCAGCGAGCGCAAGACUCACCUUAGCUGUUGAUCAUAGGUGGGCUUCGGCGAGAAGACCACUCGAUGUCAUCCAAGUUGGCCGGCAGCGCAGAGUCAGAUAGCAAAUCCGAUGGAUACUUUUCGAGUGGGAAGAAGGCCGAAUCAUUACUGCUGGUGGUCUCAGAGCUGUCAGGAAAGACUGCGUUAUAUUCAACGUUUCCAAACAUUUCUCUCGCUGCUAUCUCCA